AUGACUCAUCCUGCUCAUAAACUGUGAGGUCACUCAAAAAAGUGAUAUUUUGUCUGAACAUUCACAUACCUCACAUCAUGGCAAGUGACAGUGUGUAGGGAGAAGGAAGAGCGUAAAUUAUUUUGACUUUCUGUACUGUUUCAAGAGCAUUGAAGUGAACAAAAUGUCAGGUUUUAGUAGGGCAGCAACUAUUAGUGUACCCAUUUUAAUAGGGGCAGGAGUUGUUGCAGUGACAGCUGUAUUAGCAAAGAUUUUUCUCUUUGGCGGUAAAAAGAAGUCAGCACAGGUUACGUUAAAAGAUCCUGAUGUGAAAGUUCCCCUUCGUCUUGUAGAUAAAGAGGAGAUCAGCCAUGAUACAAGAAGAUUUCGAUUUGCUCUUCCUUCACCACAACAUAUACUUGGAUUACCAGUUGGUCAACAUAUUUAUCUAACAGUACGUAUUGAUGGACAGACAGUAAUAAGACCUUAUACUCCAGUCUCUAGUGAUGAUGAUAAGGGAUUUAUGGAUCUCGUUGUUAAGAUUUACUUUAAAAAUGUACAUCCUAAGUUCCCUAAUGGUGGCAAACUAUCUCAGUAUCUAGAGAAUAUGGCCAUUGGUGAUUAUAUUGAUGUCCGAGGUCCUAAUGGACUUCUUAAAUAUGAAGGCAAAGGUGUAUUUAAGAUUAAACCGGAGAAAAAAGCAGAGCCUGAAACAAAAGUUGCAAAGAAAAUUGGUAUGAUUGCUGGUGGAACUGGUAUAACACCAAUGUUGCAGUUAGUUAGACAAGUAUUUAAAGAUCCAGAAGACAAAACUGAACUUUAUCUUCUCUUCGCUAACCAGACAGAGAAUGAUAUUUUAUUACGACCUGAAUUAGAAGACAUACAACAAAGUCAUCCUAAUCGUUUUCAUCUGAACUUCACAUUAGAUCGUCCUGAAGCAGGAUGGAAGCAUUUCAAGGGAUUUGUAGAUUCAGAUAUGAUUAAGAAGAGCCUACCACCUCCUGGAAAUGACAGUCUAAUAGUUAUGUGUGGGCCACCACCAAUGAUCAACUUCGCUUGUAUCCCAAAUCUAGACAAACUGGGUUAUCCACCUACUACUCGUUUUGCUUAUUAAAUUUCAUGUUUUGAAGCUUAUAUUUGCUUGUUAAUGAUAAGUAAAUAAUAAAAUAAAAACUGUCUAGUUUAUAAAUUGAUAUUAAAAAAUGUCAUUAUUCUUAAGUAUUAGAUUGGGUUGAUUAUGGAAACAUGAACAAAUAAAACGAGGAAUACAACCAGCUCUGUUUAAUAAAUAACAUUUAUGUUUGUUUUUAUAGUCACUUUAAACAGUGAAUAUAUUUCUUAAUGAUGAUAUAAUGACCUUUAGAAAUAAUAUAAUGAUUAAGUAUUUAUAGAUAUAUCAUUGAUUUGUAUGUUAUUUUCUCAAAUACAGUUUAUAGAUUUCAUUGAUUAAUUAUCCUUUAUUACAUUUCCACAUUACAUUUCUUAAUACAAGAACAUGUAUUCACCCGAAAGAGCCUUUUAUACUUCUUGCUUCAUAAAGCCAAUCACAUUCUUGCAUAAUUUAAAAUGGUGUUCAUUAAAAUGUGUCUGUAACAAAUUGUAAUUGAUAAUUAUUUGAAGGAAAACAGUACAAGAUUUAGAUGUAAAAAGAUAAAGGUUGUUAUUGAUUACUGAGUGUUAUCAAAAACAUAAUAACACCAUGCUUCAUUAAAGCUAGAAAAUGAUGGAAAAAAACAAGCACAUGUAGGUGUGACAUAUAUAAUACAUGAUGAAUAGGGUAUUAUGACAUUAAAAGUGUUUUUUUUAUGUUAUUUUUUUUACAUUUAGAUCAGACACAGCUACAAGAUUUCUAAAAUAUUAUCAUGUCAAAAAUAUGUCGAAAAGAUGUGGGUCAUGUUUAAUAUGGUAGAUAAACCAAAUGGUAGAUAACAAGUGAAGUUGGUAUUGAAUUAAACUCCUUUUCCUCCCGUGAUUCUGUCAAGUUAUAAACCUAUAACGGUAAAUCUCUUUGAUCUUUGGUUCAUAUUCUAUGCCUGGAAUAAAUUGGGGUCUGAAAGUCGGGGGCGGCUUUGAAUAUAUACAGGGGAAUUUGGAGUUAUUCUUCUGAAGUUUUUCUUAAAACCUGCAAUGGGUUAUUCUUCCUGGGUAGAUUUCUAUUUUCCAUAAGAAAACAUGUAAUUUGUAUAUUAGUAACCCACAGGUCCAAAAUAGGCAUCUUUCGUGAUACAAAAUUGUGCUCUUAAUCAUUCUGUAUCAUUGUCUGGUUUACAUAUAUAAUUAUUUAUUAUUAUAAAAUGGUUAUUGGGUGCAUUUUUAGAUAGGAUGUUAUAUAUAAUAACUUCUGGAAAUGGGUGGAGGUAUUUUAUGAUUAAAUGUGAAUGGCCUUUUGAGAUGAAUGAGUGAUGGUGGUUUCCACUUUUUCUACAAAUCUUCUUUGAUUGGCAUUAUUUAUAUAUAAUUAGUUGAUGAACAUAUAAACACAAGGUACAAUAUUAUGGAUACACAUACAAUUACUGAGUUUAGUCUUUAUCAUGCAAAUUGUACCUUGUGUUAAACUACAAAUACUUAUUAUAUUUUUCAUAUUAUGUAUACUUUUUCAUUGAUACUUGCAGUCAUUCUGAUUUGUUGUCUUUUGCCCAUGUCAUUGACUUGAAAAAUGACAUUGUAUAAUUACUAGAUGUAAAACAUCAUUCAAAUUGUUUAUAAUGAAGAAUUAUAAAGAAAAGUUGAUAGUGCUAAUAUUGUUAUUUCCCUGUGUUUAAAUUAAAUAUGCCUUUCCUAGUUUUUAUACGCCCACAUUGAAAUGUGGUUGUAUAUUGUCUUCGCCCCCGUCCACCCGUCCGGCAUCCACAAUUGCUUGUGGACGCCCUAGAGGCUAAAGUUAAUAUCCGAUUGACUUUAAAUUUAUACACAGUGUUUAAGGUCAUGAGAUGAAGAAGUCGACUGAUUUUCAGCGAUUUCAGAUAUUUACUGCCAGAGUUAUAGCCCUUGAUCACUUAAAAAAAAAUCUUGUGGACGGUUUAGAGACUAAAGUUAAUAUCCGAUGGACUUUAAAUUUAUACACAGUGUUAACGGUCAUGAGAUGAAGAAUCCUAUUGAUUUUCAGCUAUUUCCGAUAAUUACCGCCAGAGUUAUGGCCCUUGAUCACUUCAAAAUAUCUUGUGGACCUCUAGAGGCCAAAGUCAGAGUUAAAUUUAUUUGCAGUGUUUGAGGUCAUGAGACGAAGAAUCCUAUUGAUUUUCAACGAUUUCUGAUAAUUACUGCCAAAGUUAUGGCCCUUGUUGUGACGCUCUAGAGGCUUAUGUUAUCAUUCGAUUGACUUCAGAUUGAUACACAGAGUUUAAGGUCUUGAAACGAACAAGUAUAUUGAUUUUCAAUGUAUUUUGAUAACUUGAACAGCUAAAUCCAUGAUAUUAAAUAUUUCGUAUACUAAACUGAGCAUGGGGCAGAAAUUUAUAAAAACCAAACAAAUUCUAAUGAUUUUCUGAUAAUUACUUAAUGAGUUGUUACUCUUAAUCAGAUUUUAGUGUAUUAUAAAUGUUUCCAUACUGAAAAAGUGAAAAUAUGCGACAACUCUUGUUGACUGCCCGCACAAUUUAGCUGCUGUGGGCGUAUGUUUCGUUGCCUGUGAACCUAUCUUUGUAUGUUUUGUCUGAAAAUAAAAUGGACUUUGUAUACCAUUUACUAAAAACUA